AGGAAAAAAAAGAAAUCUUAUCCUUGCAAGAGAAAGGAAAUAGAAAGGUCUGAACUUAAAAGUUGAUCAAAGAUUUCCUCCCAAAAUCCCCACCCAAACAACACUUGACGAAAAAAGUUGCAGCGGUCUCCACUCUCCACUUGACCACUCCCUUCCCUACAACUAGAGGCAAAUCCAUUCCUCUCAGUUUCCUUCCAUUUCCCUCCUCUCAUUUCCGUUACUUUCCUAUCUUCUCUUCACUCUCAAUCUCCUUCCCGUUCCGCCCCUGAAUGCAUAACUACACCGUAACUCUCAAAUCUCCACUCCCUUACCAUGCACCUCCUUCCCACCCUAUCUUCUCUCUCCCUCUUAACCCUAGACAGUUUGUCCUCCCUUUAUCCCCUCAAAAAACUGGAGGAUCCAUCUACCACAACCCCGUUUUCAUCUGUAAAGGAACCCAACUAUCCGUCCCCAGUCAUGGCUCUGCUUCGCUUGGACCUUCAAACGGGAACGGUGCUGCCGUUCACGACUGGAAAGUGAGGAGUGUUGGUAUCGAAAACAUUGAUGUUGCCACCCUGGGAAAUCUCUGUGUUGAUAUUGUUCUUAAUGUUCCAAAAUUGCCCCCUCGUUCUCGUGAGGCUAGUUUUGCUUAUAUGCAAGAGCUGUCCAAAUCCCCUCCUGAUAAGAAAUACUGGGAAGCUGGAGGUAACUGCAAUAUGGCUAUAGCAGCUGCAAGAUUGGGACUUCAUUGCGCCACGAUAGGUCACGUGGGUGAUGAAAUAUAUGGGCAGUUUUUGCUUGAUGUGCUUCGUGAGGAGGGGAUUAGUAUGGUUGGGAUGAGUGAAGAUGGUGAUAUUGUUGAUAGUUCUAAUGCUUCAUAUGAGACCCUUUUGUGUUGGGUUCUUGUUGACCCUUUGCAAAGACAUGGAUUUUGUAGUCGAGCAGAUUUCUGCGAGGACCCUGCAUUUAGCUGGAUGACUAAAUUAACAGAAGAAGUAAAGAUGGCUAUUAAACAGUCAAAGAUCCUGUUCUGUAAUGGUUAUGGAUUUGAUGAGCUUUCCCCAGCUCUGAUAAUGUUAGCUCUAGAUUAUGCUGUUGAAGUUGGAACAUCUGUUUUCUUUGAUCCUGGACCACGUGGAAAGAGUCUUUUGACUGGAACACCUGAAGAACGACAGGCUUUAAGCCAUUUGUUGAAGAUGAGUGAUGUUCUUCUUCUAACAUCUGAUGAGGCUGAGUCAUUGACUGGAAUAGGAAACCCAAUACUGGCAGGGCAAGAAUUGCUUAAAAAUGGGAUACGCACAAAAUGGGUGAUCAUUAAAAUGGGUUCGAGGGGCUCGAUUCUAGUUACCAUGUCAAGUAUAUCCUGUGCACCUGCAUUCAAGGUGAAUGUCAUUGACACUGUUGGAUGUGGAGAUAGUUUCGUAGCUGCUAUUGCAUUUGGUUAUAUCCAUAAUAUACCAUUGGUAAAUACAUUAGCAAUUGCAAAUGCAGUAGGUGCUGCAACUGCCAUGGGCUGUGGCGCUGGCCGUAAUGUGGCUACCUUGGAGAAAGUAAUUGAACUCAUGAGAGCAUCAAAUAUCAAUGAGGAUGAUGAAUUCUGGAAUGAACUAGUAAAAGAUAUGGAUACUGGAGAAAUCACGUUUCUGUCAAAAAUGGUCAUAAAUGGAAGGAACAAUCAAGUAAACCAUGUCGCUCUACAAAAAGUGGUUUCUGAACUGCUCCCAAAGCUCGAAGAUAAUAGGUUAGAGGGAAAAGUGGCUUCUUGAUGGAUACAGUAGAAUGCAGUGUGCUCAAUUUCACUGGCAGUUUUGCUUGCCAUGUAAUCGAUUGCCAUAAGUAAUACAACAGAGUUCAUCUUUGGUGGAACAAGGAUGAGAUACUUGCCAAGAAAA